AUGGAUCUUGCUACUAAGAUUCAUCGGAAUGUCCCUUAUUCGACAAGGCAGCCCCUCAUAACACAAGUUGCAAGCAGCAUCAUGUUUGCAGAGGAUGCAACAGAAACUUUGUGUAGAUACAAAGACUGUCAAGACAUCCAGAGCGAAAAUAAUUCUUAUGUGAACCUUACCGCAGGCUCAAACACACCAAAGCAAAUCGGAAGUCCAACACCGGAACCUGAGCAAGCAUCGGUAUUGCUUCAUAGUAGACCUGUUUCCGACAGAUAUGAUGAAACAAGUACUACAGAGGCGCACAACCAGAUUAGCACGAGCGCUCUGAACUUCGAUGACACAGAGUACUAUGUGCAGCUCUCUCAUGGCUGCAAUCGGAUGAUUGAGAUUCAACAGAUGUCAUGUGCACUGGCACAGACUGUGCUUGAAAGUACUGCUGCUAAACCUGGACGGACCUCGCAACCUACAUCACACGUUCCUUUAUCAGAAUCAGAAAGUCCGUUCACAGCCCGAGAGAGUGCUCAACCAAGAUCUAGCUCCCAAAAAGAUUCUACAACUUUGCAGAGCAAAAGACACGAACCUGCAAUUGAUGCUAUAGAUCAAGUCCAACAUUUAGACGAUCUAUUGCGCCAUAAAGACCGUUCAGGCCACCAAACACCACUCCGACAUGGAAAUGACGCUUAUCCAGCCACUUCUGGAGAUGCGCCCAGAGUAGUAGAGUCGGUACAUAACAAUCUCUCGGCGUCAAUGCCGCUUCCGCUUAAGCCGCAAACCAUAUACAAUGAAGUACAAGCAGCAUAUGAUGACGGCGAAGAUCUUGUUCCGCGCGAACAUGCUCAGUCAAUACCGAGAGAGCUUCCAACUCCACCCUUAGAGAACACAAAGCCUAUAUCGCCAUCGCCGCCCUUUGUUGCUAAGGAGGAAUCUAUGCUUACAAAAUUAGAGAAGUUACUGCUUCGCAGAGAGGAAGAGCUUGAAGAUGAAAAAGAGAAAGAAAGAAACAGAGUAGAGAACGCAAAGUUCGACAGGCUAGAAAAAAUACUAAUCUCUCAGCAAGAAGCAAAGAUUGAAAAGGAGGCGGCAAGGAAAGCAGCAAAAGAAGCCGAGGAACAAGCAGUUGCAGAAGCGCGAAAGCAAGGAAACAUGGAUAAACUAGAAAAGCCGGAGAAGCUUAUCCUAGCACAGAAGGAUGAGCAGUUGAAAAGAGAGAAAGCACUCGAAGCAGUGCGGCGGGCAGAAAUGGCCGAGGUCGAUGCAAGGCAAGCUGAGAGAGCAGCCGUGCCGAUCCUGUUCGAGGACGCCAUCGGUCGGAAGUUCUCAUGCCCUUGGCAAACGUGCAAAACAUAG